UAUCAACAGCUUCAAAAACUCAGGUACAUUUUAUAAUAAUUUACAAAAUGAUUGGGAAAAAAAAAAAGCGAUAUGAAAAAAAUCCGGAUCUUCAGACGUAUUUUUUUUGGAUGUUAGAAUUCUACUUCCUGUUUAGUUCGAAUUUUUACUGUUUACUACUGAUCCAUGCAUAUCACAGACGUAUACCAUGGUAUACGACUUAUAUUUAGAAGAUUUUAAGGAGCCUGAUGUCAUAGUAAACAGCAAUGAAGAGGUAGUGGAAACGGAAAAACUUGAACAAGGUUCAAAUAUAGUGUUUGAACAUGAAAUCCUUCCAGAAAUUGAGGACAAUGAAGAAAACUUUGAAGAUGCUGUUGAUGACUUCUGGGAGGAAGAAUUUUGGAACUGUACAGAUUUAAUGGCUAAUUCUGAUGCUGAACUUUAAUUUGAUGAAAGUUUUCAAGAGAAGGAGUACAUUGAAAAUGAAACAGAUGAUGACCAGCUUCUUUAUCCAGAUGCCUCUAUCACACUUGGAACAUUUAUGCUCUUGUUUUCAUCAUUCUGCAUGAAACACAACAUCAGUAGUGACGGCAUUUUGCAGUUACUGAACAUUUUCUCAUAUGUUUUACCCAAUGGCCAUACACUUUGCACAAGUCUACAUGACUACAAAAAGUUUUUCAAGAAUUUAAAAAACCCACUAAUUAAGCAUUUUUAUUGUCCACAUUGUAAUGGAUACUUAAAGUCUAGCACCGAGAUAAAAUGCCCAUAUAGUGGAUGUGGUAAAAAUUAAAAUGAAAGUGAAUUUGAGUAUUUUUUGGAAAUGCCUGUUGACAGCCAAGUGAAAAACUUGUUUUCUCAGAAAGGAUUCUAUGAGAAACUUGAACAUAGGUUUCAAAGGCAAAAUAUUCAAGGGAGAUAUGAGGAUAUAUAUGAUGGACAGCUCUACAAAUCAUACUGUGAAAACGAUGGACCAUUAUCAAAACAGGAAAAUAUUUCAUUCACCUUUAACACUGAUGGUGCACCAGUAUUUAAAAGUAGUAAGGUUUCUGUGUGGCCAUUAUUUUUGGUGAUAAAUGAACUGCCCUUCAAAUUGCGGAUGUUUAAAGAAAACAUGUUAAUGGCAGGACUCUGGUUUGGUCGAAAUAAACCAGUCAUGGGGACUUAUUUAUCACCAUUCUUGGAUUGUUUUAAGAAGCUUCAUGAAGGAAUUCAAUGUUUUUCUCCAUUUCGAGGAAAUUUUACUUGCAGUGGAUAUCUCUUAUGCGGUACAGCUGAUCUUCCUGCUCGUAGCUUGGUGUGCAAUGGUGUACAGUAUAAUGGAUCAUACUCCUGUUGGAAAUGCUUGCAAAAGGGCGAAACUUCAAAGCGUGGUAAAGGACACACACAUGUGUUUCCAUAUCAACCAGAGCACCCAAAAGGUCCUGAAAGAACAGUUAAUGAUGUCCAUCGUGAUGCACAGCAAGCCAUGGACAAUUUAGAACACAGAAGAACUGGUUUCAGUGUAAAUGGAGUGAAAGGACCUUCUUGGGUUACAUUUUUCCCCAGAUUCAAUAUUGUUUGCGGAAUAGCUAUUGAUUACAUGCAUGGGGUUCUUUUGGGUGUGCAAAAAUUGUUGUUGCGUCUUUGGUUUUCAUCUGAAUUUAAAUCAAAAAACUUUAGUUUUCAUGAACAUGUCCAAGAAGUUGAUAACAGAUUGAGAAACUUAAAACCAACUUUAGAUAUAUCUAGAUUACCUCGUUCCAUUGAAAAUGAUUUAAAAUACUGGAAAGCUUCUGAAUAUCGUUCAUUUCUGUUGUACUUUGGAGCACCUGUUUUAUUUGGCAUUUUAGACAACCUAAGAUUUAGUCAUUUUUUAAACUUUGUAAAUGGUAUUCAUAUUCUUUUAAAACAAGGUAGUACUGAAGAAGAAGUAUCAGAGGCUGAAGCAUUGCUUUUCAAUUUUUGUGCAGAUUUUGAAUAUUUAUAUGAAAAAUGUUUUAUGACGCUUAACAUUCAUCAACUUGUACAUUUAGCAGAUAGUGUGCGUGUUUUAGGACCUCUGUACACCCAUAGUUGUUUUUCUUUCGAAGACAAAAAUGGUUUUCUUUUAAAGAUGAUACAAGGCACACAAAACAUUGACAGUCAAAUUGUCACAGGUAUAUCUUUUGUACAAAAACUCCCUGAGUUAAAGCAGAAAUUUGUAGAAAGUACUGUUGAAGGAUCAAAACUAGAGAAAUUGUUCAAUUCCAUUGAAUCUCCUAAUUUGUUAAUAAGAGGAGAAAUGAUAGAAAAAGGAGUGUAUGUAUUAGGUGGAAUUAAGUUAAGAGUUUUGGUUGAGAAUGAGUACAAAAAGCUUUGUGAUUUUCUUGGCUAUGCUCCAGUUAAUGAGAAGUUUAGAACAUUUAAAAGAAUAGAUUUUUUCAAUCAUAUUGUAUAUGGUUUACAAAACGAAAGAAUGAUAAAACGUGAUAAUUCUACUGUGAUGUAUAAGGAUGGGAGUUAUUUUUGCUUUGGUCGUGUAAGAUUUUUUCUCUUUACUAUUGUUCAUGAUCAGACCACAGUUCUGGCUUUUAUGGAGAAACUUGAAUCUGUACAUUAUUCUGAGAACUCCCAUGUGCUGAAAGUUACAAAAACUGAUGAUUGUAUUUUUGUUCCCAUUAAAAAAAUUAAGGAAGGGUGCUUGUUUCUGGAAAUUUAAACUGAUGGCGAUGACAAUGAUUUGAACACAUUUUAUGUAUGUCGGUUUCCUAACAAACUAGAAGGUGACUGAAAUGACUUUCAAAAAUGAUUAUAAUGAUGUUAUUGGUUAAAUGAAUAGAAAACUUUUUCUUUUGUAAUAGUAUGAUCAACAUUUUUCAUGUUUGCUGGAAAUAAAACACUAUAAUAGUGUAUAUACAUGUAUACAUAUUGAUAUUAUUUUUGCUAGCAUUAAGUGAAUGCAUUGUUAAGUCAUAUUUGUGUCUGAAAAAAUUUCUAAGUUCAUUCACGCCUAGGUAUUCCUGCUGGUAAAAUUUCUAAGUUCAGUUACGCCUACGAAUUCCUGCUGGUAAAAUUUCUAAGUUCAGUUACGCCUAGGAAUUCCUGCUGGUAAAAUUUCUAAGUUCCAAAAUUCCCUCUCUGCUCUGAAAGUAUAAAGUCUAAGUCCAAAAAUUCCUGCUAAAUUCCAGGCGUAAAAAAUGAGGCGUCAAAUUGUGUAAAAUUCCUGCAAGAUUCCAAGCGGAAUUGUUGAUUUUCCAGGCGUAACUUUAGAGGCGUAAUUGAAAAUAUUCCGCCUCUUGCUCAAUUACGCCUGGAAAAUACACAUUACGCCUAGAAUCCGUCUCAUUUCCAGGCGGAAUCCGCCUCAAAUUUUCAUAC